AAACACGGAAUAUAAACAUAUUUUCCCUCAAUCAUGGAGAAAGGAAAGACGAUCAAAUAUUCCAUAAAGUUUCCUCAAAUUCUGCUUAUUUCGUUGAUUGCUAUCCUGUCAAUAACUCACGGCAGUCUCUUGAGAAGAGUAUCUCGAGAAAACCAGGAUACUGAGAAGAAAUUGCUGGAUACAAAAGGGCGACCAUUUAACUACAAGUUGAUCAGAAUUCCUAAAGAUGUCAGACCAUUGCAUUACGACUUGUAUUUGCACCCUAAUCUCGAUACCCUUCACUUCAAAGGGAAAGUUCAGAUUCUCUUAAAAUGUUUCAAGUCAACAAGUAGAAUAAUAUUACAUGUGAAAGAUCUCAAGACGGACAACAUCAGAGUGUUGAACGAUAAAGAUGCAGAGAUUAAGGUCAAGGACGUGUCAGAAAACACGGAACGUAAUUUAAUGAUAUUAGAUUUGAGUGAGGAUUUAAAGAAGGACAAGGAGUAUCGUCUUGCUAUGGAUUUUAAUGCAAAACUGGCAGAAAACAUGGAAGGCUUUUAUAAAAGUGAAUACAAGACGAAAGAUGGGAAGAAAAGAGUUCUAGCGACGACACAGUUUGAGCCAGUUUACGCUAGAAAGGCUUUCCCGUGUUUUGACGAACCUGAAUUCAAAGCUACGUUUGAAAUAAAGAUUUUGCGAGAUGAAAAAUAUAGUUCCAUCUCAAACAUGCCUCUCUUGAGGACGACACAACAAGAUGGGCUCUACCUCGACCAUUAUAAGAAAUCGGUGAAAAUGAGCACAUAUCUUGUUGCUUUUGUCGUUAGUGAUUUCAAGUUCACCGAGACAACAACUAAAAAUGGAGUAAAGGUGCGUGUGUGGGCGAAGGAACAUGCUGUGAAACAGACCGAGUUUGGUUUGGAUGUGGCUCAACAUGUUUUAACUUAUUACGAGAAAUUCUUCAACAUAAAAUAUCCUCUACCGAAGAUAGAUCUCAUCGCUGUACCGGAUUUCGGAAGCGGAGCGAUGGAAAAUUGGGGGCUGAUGACGUUCCGAGAAACCCUUCUCUUGUUCGACCCCAAGUCGGGAAGUGCUGGUGACAAACAACUUGUUGCAAUCGUUGUUGCUCAUGAACUUGCUCAUCAGUGGUUUGGAAAUCUCGUGACGAUGGAAUGGUGGAAUGAUUUGUGGCUUAAUGAAGGUUUUGCAAAUUACAUUGAAUAUGUCGGAACGGAUGAUUAUGCUAAGGACUGGAGAGUUCUGGAUCAAUUUGCAGCAGAUACCUUCCAAUCAGCUCUUGGAGCUGACAGUAUCGUCAAUACACAUCCAAUAUCAGUGCCAGUGGACAACCCUGCUCAGAUUAACGAGAUUUUUGAUGGAAUAUCCUACGAUAAGGGUUCAUCUGUAAUUCGUAUGCUGAGAAACUUUUUGGGUGAUCGUGCCUUUCGUAAAGGACUCGAGAAUUAUUUGAACAAACAUGCUUAUCAAAAUGCUGUUGCAGAUGACUUGUGGGAGGCCUUUAGCAAGGUCAGCUCUUUAAAUGUCAAAGCCAUAAUGGACAGUUGGGUUGAGCAGAAAGGCUAUCCAGUGGUUACAAUGAAAUCUUCAAGACUUCUCGACGACAAUGCUAAAACGCAACAUGGUAUCGACGUCGUUCAAGAACGAUUCCUUAUUGAUCCUGCUUUGGACAAGCAUCAAAGAAAGAGCGAGAUUGGGGGAAAGAAAUGGUACAUCCCGCUGACAUAUAUCACUCAGGAUUCAGAUAAAGAGCACCUAUUUUGGGUGAAUCACACCUCUCGCAGUUCUUUUCCCCUGAAGAAAUCCUCCGGCUGGAUAAAAGCCAACGUUGGUCACAUGGGAUUGUACCGCGUCAAUUAUGACCAAGAUAACUGGGAAAUGCUUAGCAACCAGCUCAGCCAUAACCACAAGGCGCUGAGCUCUGUGGAUCGCUCCGGUUUACUGGAUGAUGCUUUUCAUCUGGCAAGAGCGGGUCUUUUACCAAUGACCAUACCUCUCAAACUAACCCAAUAUCUGAACAAGGAGAAGGAGUACUUCCCGUGGUCCAGUGCGCUCGGCAACCUCGCUUACAUUGGCUCAAUGAUAUCCAUGACUGAGACUUAUGGAUUGUACGAGAAUUAUCUGGUGAAGAAAUUGAAGCCUCUCGAGCUGUUUUUGAAAUGGGAAGACAAAGGAACCAUACUUGAUAAAUAUUUGCGAGCAAGCGUGUUGAAAUCUCUUUGUACGCAUGGCGAUCAAGGAUGCAUUGACAUAACACAAGAUCUUUUCACGAAGUUUGUCGACAACGACGAAGAACUCUCAAUCGCGCCUCAUCUUCGUGCGACGGUCUAUUACACAGUGAUAAAGCACGGAGGAACGACUGAAUGGGAAUUUCUCUGGUCCAAGUACAAAGCAGAAACAGAUGCGACUCACAAAGGAAAAAUAAUGUUGGGUUUGACUUCGGCGAGACAACCUUGGUUACUGCAAAGAGUUCUUGACAACGCUAUGAAAGGAAAUACUAUCCGAAAGCAGGAUAUGUUAUCUGCAAUCAUUGGUGUCAGCCGAAAUCCUGUUGGGAGACUUCAAGCAUGGGAGUUUUAUAAAGCAAACUUCGAUAAAAUAGUAAAACGAGUCGGCGAGGAUUCUAACGACUACGGAAUCUUGCUGCAAAGAUUGACGGAUCAUUUCAACACGAAAAACCAGUUGGAAGAGGUAAAAGAAUUUAUCAAGAAGCACUCAUCGCUUUUCAAUAAUACUCGAGCAGGGAAGAAAGCUCUGGAAAGCAUUAAGACGAAUAUUCAUUGGAUGAAGACGCAUUAUGUCACCAUUUUUAACUGGCUCAAACAAGUCAACAACGAAGAAUAUUAAUCAGAUAUGCAUCACACGAUAUGAACUGGGGCAAGGCCACAGUCAGACCUAUGUGAUUUAUCGAACCGUCUAACGUGGUUACGAGAACG